AAUCAUUAUCUGAACAUUGGGGUUUAUGGUAAAAAAAAAUUGGGAGCCAUUCAUAUUAUACCUCAAAUACUAGAAUAGAAGUUUUUAGUGGGGAAAUACUGCUUUGAAUAUCUGAGUGUUUUCUGUAGCUGUUUCCAUCACCUUGGCAACAGGCAUUCACCUAAUGUCUUCUGGUUGGGGACUGUGGCAGGCAGUCCCAGUUGUCCUCACGUCUCCUGACUAUAAACUGACAAACGCACCAUAAACACACUUCGCUCCUGCAACAGAACACAGCAGGGAAACAUGCCACACACACCCAGCAGCAAAAUGGGUUAAAUGGUGACCAGUUGGACCUUAUUCUUACUGCUGGUUGACACUUUCAGACCCGAGGAUGACGGGCCAGGUGACAGAGGGGGACCGGUCGCCCAACAACCUGUCGGUGAAGACCACUUUAGAGGAGGAGGUCGAGAGGACAGACAGUAUUCUGAGCAGGGUCCCGUCGGUCUGGGAUGACACGUCCUCAGAGCUACAAAGAGUUGCUGAUCUCGAUGCCAACAGACGCAAUUCAAGGAAUUCUUUCCAGAGAAUUGGAGCCAUCUCAAGACUGGUGAACCUGGUGGUACGGCUGAGGGAAUGGGCACACAGGAGUCUCUUGGAGGAGGAGGAGCGUCCGGACUCCUUCCUGGAACGGUUUCGUGGCCCCGAGCUGAGAACCGCCCCGAGUCGCAGCAGCAACACACAGCCAGAUGUCAACGGCAACAAUGCCAAGGGGAUCUUUAGGAAACCCUGGGAUUUGUUUGUGGUGUCCCCAUCGGAUAACGCGUACUACCGAUGGUUAUUUGUUAUCGCCACAGCGGUGCUAUACAACUGGUUCCUUGUUGUUGUGAGGGCAUGCUUUGACGAUCUACAGGUUGACUAUUAUAUCUGCUGGCUGAUACUGGACUACCUCUCUGACACGGUGUAUAUCCUGGACACCUGCGUUCGACUUUGCACAGGUUUCCUGGAACAGGGGCUGCUGGUGAAGGACCACGCCAAGCUCAGAGACAGCUACGUUCGAACAUUUCAGUUCAAGCUGGAUGUGCUGUCCAUCCUUCCUACGGACCUGGUUUACAUCUACACUGGCAUCCACACACCGCAACUUAGGUUCAAUCGCCUGCUGCGCUUCCCGCGCAUGUUUGAAUUCUUCGACCGCACGGAGACUCGCACCAACUACCCCAACAUCUUCCGCAUCUGCAAUUUGGUUCUUUACAUCCUGGUCAUCAUUCACUGGAACGCCUGCAUCUACUACGCUAUAUCCAAGUCGCUGGGGUUUGGAUCGGACACAUGGGUGUUCCCAAACAUCUCCCUACCGGAAUACUCAUCCUUGACAAGGAAUUACAUCUACUGUCUGUACUGGUCCACUCUGACUCUCACCACCAUUGGAGAGAUGCCUCCACCUGUGCAAGAUGAAGAGUACCUGUUUGUGGUCUUUGACUUUCUCGUUGGUGUGCUGAUCUUUGCAACAAUUGUAGGAAACGUAGGCUCAAUGAUUUCCAACAUGAACGCCACCCGUGCUGAGUUCCAGGCUCGAAUUGAUGCAAUUAAACAUUACAUGCACUUCAGGAAAGUCAGCAAAGAACUGGAGUCUCGUGUCAUUACAUGGUUCGACUACCUCUGGACCAACAAAAAAGCUGUGGAUGAGCAGGAGGUGCUGAAGAACCUACCGAACAAACUACGCGCUGAAAUUGCCAUCAAUGUCCACCUGGACACUCUAAAGAAAGUCCGCAUUUUUCAGGACUGUGAGGCAGGACUGCUUGUGGAGCUUGUCCUCAAACUACGCCCUCAAGUCUUCAGUCCAGGAGACUAUAUCUGCAGGAAAGGAGACAUCGGUAAGGAGAUGUACAUCAUUAAAGAGGGGAAGCUGGCUGUGGUAGCGGAUGAUGGGGUCACACAAUACGCUCUCCUCACUGCUGGUAGCUGCUUUGGAGAAAUCAGCAUCCUUAAUAUAAAAGGCAGUAAAAUGGGAAAUCGACGAACGGCCAACAUCCGCAGCUUGGGUUACUCCGACCUCUUCUGCCUCUCUAAGGACGACCUGAUGGAGGCAGUGACAGAGUACCCGGAUGCUAAGACGGUGCUGGAGGAGAGGGGUCGGGAGAUCCUGAAGAAGGAAGGUCUCCUAGAUGAGAGCACGGAGAGGGGAGGCCUACACAAAGAGGACACGGAGGAGAAAGUGGAGAGACUGGAGUCCUCUCUGGACACUCUGCAGACCCGCUUUUCCCGCCUGCUGAGUGAAUACACGGGCACUCAGCAGCGGCUGAAGCAGCGCAUCACUUUGCUGGAGCGGCAGCUGAAUCAGACAGACUGCGGCGCCGAGGCAAACAAUGGCAAGGGCGCAAACACAGAGAUGUCCAUUGAAAUCAACCCUGGGCCGCUUGCAUCCACGAACGGGUCACCGAACCGGAGCGGUGUACAAACGUGGGACAAAAGGAGUCCAAAAUCACAACACUGACUGACUUUAGAAAAAUCUGAAUUUCUUUACACCUCUUUUAGACUUUCACUUUCAGGAAGACUAACCUGUUUAUUUUGUAAAGUGACGUUUCUAUCCACGUGAACAAAAGCGUGACUCGGAUGUGAGUUUAAAGGGAGACAAUAAAUUUGAAAUUGCACAAAAAGAAAACCUGUGAAUGACGUUUGGAAGUGAAUUAAAUAAAUGGACAUAUGGUGCAGUGAGACUUCUUCAGCUCCUUGUGAUGACUGUGUUUAUUUACAUCAGCAGAGGGAUUCAGUUCCCUCUCCAUGUCAUAUAUUAUGCUCUGGUUUGGUAAACACCGACUCCCGCUGCUCCUCCUGGGAACAAAAGGUCUAAAGAGAGAUGGCAGAAAGAGAUUUGAUCACACAAUUAUUUUUCCAGCAUCCUCAUUUUCACAGUCAGACCUGUACAAUCACACAACAGUGAUAGAUUUGGUUUUCUCUCCAGUCCUUGCUGUGAAGGACGUAAACAUUUGUUUUCCUGUUUUAAAACCAAAGUUUUACUUGAGUAAAAAUUAAGGAGAAUUCAUUUCUGUUUCACAUCAAUGUUUAUAGAGAUGGUUAUACACUUUUGAGGUCCUGCACUGAGCCACGUUCACUUAUUCUGCGUAAGAUUUGCCUCAGACGAGAAGGAUUGGGGGUUUCCAGUUUUUCAGCCUUAGCAUUCCAGGAUACAACUCAACCACAUGAGCGGUGAUGAUAAGGCCUUCUGGAACAAUGAGUCCAGUCUGUAGCUGGGGCGGCUGCAGGAGGGAUGUAAUCAGACUCUUCACCAUGCAGCAGGCGAGGACGUCGUGCAUCAGUCUUUACCUACGGCAAAAUAAACGCAACCUGUUUUUCCACUAGCAACAAAUGGAGAUAUUGUACGAGAUACCCUGCUGUAACUGAUCCCAGUCUAGACGUGUAACUUCCCAGAGGAAGAUUUAAAUUUGAUCAGUCUUGAGUCUUACUUUUGUUUUGUAAUUUACUAGUGAUUUAGGUUAAUAGAUCUUUCUAGAUGUCAUUUUGCCUGCAGUGUUUUCACUAGAAAGUAUCUCAUAAACCACUGGAUGGAUUACAGUGAAACUUGGAGUCCGCCCAGUUCGAUGGCUACUAAUAAACUCCAGCAAACACAAAAGUUGCCAGUCAACUUUACGGGUAUAGCGUGGCAGUU